CGAGGUGGCACAGGUGACCGGAGGUUGUGACGGGGGGGAGAUCCCCCGGUGCACGGCUCGGGGAACACGACGGGCUGAAUUUAACUUGGAACAACCGUACGUUUUGUGGUGUUCUGUGCACGGUCAGUGCUCACGCCACAGAACGAAUGCCAGGCAACGAUCCGCGCUCUCGACGGGAACCACGCUGGCUUCGCUCGAACCUCUUCAGUUUACUAUCGUAAGCUCGCUCGUACAGGUGAGCGUCGCGCUCACGGAGAUCGAGUGUGACACAGUUCUAUGAGAAUUAGACGAACGAGUCCGUCGAUACCUUGAUUCGCGCGAUCGAAGAUGAGAGAAACGCGAUCUCGAUUGGCGAUGCAGCUGUUGAGUGCAUUUAGAGCGCGGAGAUAGCGACGUGUGACGUUACGUAUAUCGUGCGGAAAGUGUGAUUGAAAUAUAAAACGAAUCAGCUCAAGCGCAAAAAGCAUCGACGACGACAAAACAAACCUGACUCGGCCCCCGAUUGGUGAACACACAACUGACACACCUGGGCGUGCGAAUACAUUUGGCGCGCUUAGCGAUUACGCUGACAAUGUGCUGACGGUCCAAGUCACGGUAAAACAAUUGUGCAAAUAGAGACGUUCGUUUUCAUGUCUGGAGCGAAGUUGUUCCCGCCCUCGCACUAUACAUCGUUCGAAAAUCCUGAUAAUUCCAGACGCGGGAAGCUGAUCUAAUCGUGGAACAUCCUGCGAAAGCGACCAUGUCGAUUAGAAGCAUUGCUCGAUCAAGAUGACGUCGGAUAAGCAAGCGAAAUCAUCCUCUUGGCUGUUACGAUCCUGCAAGAGAAGCCGCUUUAAAAUAGAAUUGUUCUACUUGGUUUUCGGAUAUUUGUUGACGCAUUGCUCGGCUAGAAACAAUCCUCCUCGAUUUCUCAUAGAUGGACAAACAGAGAUCGUGCUUAGACUGAAGGAAGGACCCGAGACUCCAAUUGGCAGCUUAAUUUACAGUCUCAAAGGCUUCGAUCCGGAUGGUGAUAGCUUGAUAUUUGGCGUUCGAAAUCAGCCCGGUAGUAAUGUGAUUCGAGUUGAGAACUUUAGUCCCAACGAAGCCAACAUUUACCUGAACAAGUUACUGGAUAGAGAGGCCAAGGACGAAUUUGCGCUCGUGCUAACCUUGACGGACGGCAGACUGGGCGAGGGAAAUUUCAUCACGCAGAGUCUGCUGCUUGUGGUCGAGGAUAUUAACGACAACGUACCGAUUUUCCGUCCACAUCCGUCCUCGUUGACGCUUCGCGAGGACGCGAGACCAGGUGAUUUAAUGACGGUGGAAGCCACCGACGCCGAUCUGGGUGUUCAUGGGCAAGUAGUUUAUUACCUGCAAGAACUGGAUGGCGACAACAACAUCUUCAGUAUAUCAACGGUGCAGGGCAAGGGUGUCAUACGCUUAGUCGGUUCGUUGGAUUACGAACGGAAGUAUCUAUACCAACUGAGAGUCUUGGCUGUGGAUCGCGCAAUAAACGAAAAAGUAAACACAGGAACGACUGCGAUUUUGAUCAAAGUACAGGAUGUGGAGGACCAGCCGCCGGAAUUCAUAGCCAUGACGCCUGUGGCGAGAAUCAGCGAAAACGCCAGGAUUGGUACAUCUGUUUUGCAAGUUCGUGCCGUAGACGGCGACAAGGGGGUAAAUAACAAGGUGACAUAUAGUAUCACAGAGGGGCCGAGAUAUCUGUUCGAUAUUGAUGCGACGUCCGGCCUUGUGUUCACCAGGGCACAGUUGGAUAGAGAAGCCGACGAAAAUAGCGAUGGUACUUUCAUUCUGGAAAUUACAGUGAAAGAAGUGUCAAAGAUCAAUCCACCGCCAUCCGUCAGUACCGAAGUCACCAUCAUCCUCACUGAUGUGAACGAUGAAACACCAACGUUUAGAAGUAAACUCUACCGUGCUGAAAUAAACGAAAACGCACCACAAAAUACGCCGGUCACGUUCCUCGGUGAUGCCGUGCCGGAAGUUUUUGAUCACGACUUGGGUUCCAAUGGCACGUUUCAUAUAUUUGUCAAAGGUGAUGGUGGAAUGUUUGAUGUAACACCAUCUCGUGGGAUUAACGAGACACCGUUUUUGAUACGCGUUAAGGAUUCCAGUAAGCUCGAUUUUGAAAAAAUAUCAGCGGUAAACUUUACUCUCGUCGCGAAAGAAGUUACACCUAUCUCGCCGAAGUAUAGCGCGGUACCGGUUACGGUUUUUAUAAAGGAUCAGAAUGACAAUUAUCCUGAAUUUACGAAGAGUGUCUACGAAGUCUCGAUCCCGGAAAAUUGUGCCGAAGGCACCACCGUGGCUUGGGUACAGGCUUUGGACGAAGAUAGCGAUAACUUCGGAACGCAUGGAAUACGAUAUACAACCUUAGGCGGUAGCAUUGCACAUGCACUAGAGAUGGAUCCCCUCACCGGUGUGAUAACAGUCAAGCAUUCCGGGCCCAAUUUUGAUCGAGAAUUAGUAGCUCGUCAUUAUCUCACAGUCGAGGCUCGAGACGAUUUCGGAAAGGGGAACCGCAAUGCCGCACAAUUGAUAGUUAAUGUGGACGAUGUCAACGACAACGCACCUGUGUUCCUGCAAAACAGAUACGAAGCAGUACUGUUGGAGAAUGAGGAUCACUUUGAGUCUCCCCUCGUCGUCGAAGCCUUUGACAUCGAUUUAAACGGGACGCGAAACAGCGAGGUGGUUUAUGCAUUGGUAUCGGGCGAAUUCUCUCGAAAUUUUACGAUCGAUUUGAAACGCGGCGUUAUAACGCCAGCGCAUCCCCUGGAUUAUGAGGCUUUGCCCAUCAAACAGGGACACAAAGAAACGGCUAUACGUCCAUUGAGAUUGACAGUGCGAGCUAGAGAUAUGGGCACGCCGAGUAUGAGCUCCGACGUUCCUCUGAUUAUUUAUUUGAAGGAUAUCAACGACAAUCCGCCCGCCUUCGAAAGAACGUUGUACAAGAGGAGCAUCCCCGAGGAUUUGGCGGGCGGUACGAGCGUUGUGCAGGUGAAAGCUUGGGACAAAGAUCUGUCAUCGCCAAACAACAAAUUAGUGUAUCGAAUUCAAAGCGGGGCUGGAGACAAGUUUGUAAUUAGUCCCGAAACGGGCGUAAUCCGAGUAGCUCCCGGCUCGAAUUUAGACCCGGAUCUGACGUCGCCAAAAACAAUGAGAUACAACUUAAACGUUAUCGCGAUCGACAGCGGUACGGAGAUUCAACGGACGGCAGAGGUUCUCGUGAACAUCACAAUCAUCGAUGUCAACAAUAAACCGCCUGUUUUUACUGAACCUGGAACUGUCACCAUCAGAGAGAACACUCAGGUUGGCGCGUACGUUCAUCGCGUAGUGGCUCAGGAUCCCGAUGUGGCUCCGAUACUACGCUACCGGGUGGAUCCCAACUCGUCGGAGGCACGAAAUGAAGAGGGCACAUUAAUCAAAAUACAAGAAUAUGACUAUUUGGCAGCGCUGGAAUUAAACGCAUUAGACGGUCUAUUACGUAUAGUAAGACUGUUAGACAGAGAAAGAGUGGAGACAAUUAGAUUGGGGCUCGUGGUUGAGGAUUUGGCCGCAGUAAGAGGCUUGCAAACUGCAUCCGCCACGCUGAGUAUAAUUAUCGAGGAUGAGAACGACAACAAUCCAAAAUUCCGGAGGCCCUUUUACAGACGCUCCGUUACAGAGAAUAGUAAAAAUGGUGUUAAUAUCGCGAGUAUUGUUGCCGACGACGCUGACAAAAAUCGUAGCAUCACUUAUUCUUUACAAGGGCCGAGGGAGAUAGCCGAGCUUGUGCAUUUAGAUCCUGAAACUGGAGAAAUGGUUGUCGCCAGUAAAAUCGACAGAGAAAUGUAUUCGUGGCUUAACUUUACUGUCAGAGCUACAGACUCCGGAAUUCCACCUCGGUCGAGUUUGGCGGAAGUGUAUGUUCAAGUGUUAGACGAAAAUGACAACAAUCCGUAUUUUAUUUCGAACAUCAGUAACGUGUCUGUCAUGGAAAACUCCAAAAUCGGCACGGAAAUCACAGUUAUACAGGCGCGAGAUCCCGAUAGCGGGGAUUACGGCAAAAUUACUUAUCUCUUAGACAGAAUGUCAUCACAGGGGACUUUCGCUAUCCAUCCAGAAACCGGAUCCUUGACCGUGGCCGACGUUCUAGACUGGGAGACGAAACAUAGCUAUGUUUUAGUUAUAGAAGCUUGGGACAAUUAUCAGUUUGGUUAUACAGCGGGGGAGUCACGAAAUGCGUUUAAACAGAUCCAAGUAACCGUCGUUGAUGUGAACGACAAUGUUCCAAAAAUGGAUAUACCACGAGGUUGCGUCUCCAUAUCGGAGUUUCACGACAUACGUGACCUGAUUUUCGUCGUCAAAGCGAAGGACGCGGACGAUCCGACCACACCAAACGGCCGUGUCAUGAUUAGAAUCGUUUCUGGCAAUGAACUAGGUUUGUUCAUAUUGGAGCAAACUGAUUAUUGGACGGCGAAGAUCAAAGCUGCGCGACCGUUGAGGGGAAAAUUCGGUAAUUAUACGCUACACAUGGAAGCGCGUGAUUUAGGAACACCGACCAACAAAGAUAGUGGAAUUUUGGAAAUUUGUGUCACGGAUUACAACGAUAAUCCACCAUUGUUCAUUAGUCCUCAGCACAACACCACCAUUCGAGUUCCAGAGAACAUAACAGUGGGAAGCCCGAUUAUCCAAAUUGAGGCGAAAGAUGCUGAUACGGGAUUAAAUGGCGAUGUGCACUACCGUUUGAAGCAGGAUUUGGCAGGUCAUUGGAGAACUUUUCGCAUCGACGAUAAAACUGGCGUGAUAUCUUUAAAAUCGCCACUCGAUAGAGAGACUCAGAAAUUAUACGAGAUUCGAGUGGAAGCGUACGAUUUAGGUACUCCGACGUCAUUAAGUUCCGACCUUGAUCUAAUUAUCUAUGUUCGGAACAUUAACGAUUUCGAGCCUCAAUUUUUGCUGAAUAUUUUUAAUAUCAAUUUCACUGAGGAACAGCUUCCUGGAUCAGAGAUGGCGUUACUUCCGGAAACAGUCGACAGAGACGAAGUAGAUGACCUGGAUGAUCCACCUACGCAAGUUUGUUACUUCAUAGUUGGUGGAAACGACGGUGGAUUGUUCGUUUUAGAUAUCUACAAACACGAGCUUAGCACGGCUAAAACACUGGAUAGAGAGCAGCGAGAAGAACAUAUCUUGCUCGUUAAAGCAACGGAAGACUGCGAGACUGUGCCAGUUAACGAAACGACAUUCAACGAGGCUGACGACACUUUGUUGCAAGUUGUCGUGAAAGUUAACGACAUCAACGACAAUGCACCGCGAUUUGUUAACAAAAUUUUUACGGGUGGUGUUACUACCGAGGCCGACUUUGGCACGCAAUUUAUGCACAUUAAGGCUAUUGAUUUAGACGCCGGCGAUAACGCAGUGAUCAGUUAUUAUCAAGUAGGUAAAAUCCACAUGACGUUAACUGAGGGCUUCGAAAAUAUGCAAUUGCAGCCUUUUCUCGUAAAUCCGGAUACGGGAGCAGUGAGUCUGAAUUUCGAUCCGCAACGAGGGAUGAAGGGUUACUUCGAUUUCAUGGUGCUCGUUAAUGACACGUACAGUUUGCAAGAUACUGCAAGAGUUUUCAUUUAUUUAUUGCGAGAGGAUCAACGAGUUCGUUUUGUUCUUCGUCAACAUCCACCAGAAGUCAGAAGUCGAAUCGAAACAUUCCGAGAAAUUCUGGGUAACGUCACCAGCGCUAUCAUUAAUGUCGAUGAGUACAAAGUGCACGAGAAUCAAGACGGUUCCGUGGAUCGAACGAAGACAGAUUUAUAUUUGCACCUCGUGAAUCGUCGGGACAAUUCGAUUCUGGAAGUGCCCGAGGUCCUCGAGUUGGUCGACCGUAACAUCGAGAAGCUCGACAAUCUAUUCAAGGAGUUCAACGUCCUCGAUACGCAGCCGGCAAAGCCUCAACCGAUCGUGCAGUACGAACAAGCUGGAACCACUUUCUGGCUCCUCACGGUGACUCUGUUUCUGGGAGCACUAUUGAUACUGUGUGUCACCCUGUGUUUAUCUCAAAGGGCGUCCUUCCGAAGGCAACUAAAAGCGGCGAACGCGUCUCCGUUCGGUGCGUCGGAUUCGGAAUUUAUCCGAAGUCCUGGCCGUGUUCCGAACACGAAUAAACACAGCAUGGAAGGCUCGAAUCCCAUAUGGAUGCACGCUUACGAGAACGAGUGGUUCAAGAGCGACGAGUCGUUCAGCCAUACGUCCGAGAGGGAUUCCCUCGAUGAGAACGCGCUCAAUAACGAGGAAAUGAUGAACGAAGCCAAUACAAACCAAAGAGCCAACGAUAAACCAUAUUACAUAGAGCCGAGAGUUUCGACUAUUUCCAGAAUGCCCCUCGCAAAAGUAUGGCUUAAAGCUUGGAUUUACUGGGGACUCGUUUGCGGUUGGGUCGAAGGUGCUCGACCACGCUUCGACACGUCCACGGAUAUGGGAUUGGUGUUGAUUCCAGCGGACGCCGAGGUCGAUUCCGUGAUCUUUCGGUUGCGCGCCACCGAUCAGGAUGCGGAUUAUCCUCUUGUUUUCGAAGUGACUGCAACAAUUACACCAGUGGUGAGGAUCGACAAUCUGCCGUGCACGCUGUUCAACAAGGUCUGCCAGGCCAAUGUAAUUUUAACGAAGCGCCUUAUGCCCGGGCGCCUCCACGAUUUCGCUGUCAGAGUUCGGGACACCAAAGGAGAUUCGAAUUCGAUGCAGGCCACCAUUUCCGCCACGAACGCGACGACCUCGCGUGAUAAAAUAUUCCCGCACAUACCCUCGCUGAUAAUGGUGCCCGAGGACACUAAGCCGGGCAAGGAACUGGAUUAUCUUCUCGUGCGAGCCAAUUCCUGGAGCGGCAAGCCAGUUUACAUCGAAUUGUGGCAACCCAAGGACCUGUUCACCAUCCGCCAACGACAAACGCAGACGCAAACGCGCGGUGUGAUUACGUUGAUCGGCGAAUUAGAUUUCGAGACGCAAUCGAUGUACACUCUCACAAUUUACGCAACGGAUCCAUACACGGAACCCGGGAAGGACACCAGGAAUAUCGCAGGAUUGAAUAUCGUCGUGGUGGUUCAAGAUGUACAGGAUGUGCCGCCAAUUUUUACCUUAGCACCUCCUCUAACCAGACUUAACAAUUCUGUGCAAACUGGCGACAUAAUAUUACGAGUCCACGCGGAAGAUGGAGAUAAGGGAGUGCCGCGUGAAAUCACGUACGGCCUGGUGUCCGAGGGCAACCCCUUUGUGCCAUUCUUUAACAUCUCAGAAACAACCGGUGAGAUCGCUCUCGCCAGACCUUUGGAGGAACUCACGCAAAUCACUCACGUCGGUGCGCCUGUCGUGCUCAGCGUAGUUGCUGAAGAAAUACGAAGAUCCAGAGACGAGCCGCCAGCUCAGGCGACGGUCGUCGAAGUCGGUUUUCUUCUCGGCGAGCCAGGCAACAGCCCGCCGUAUUUUGAGAACGAUAAAUACAUUACAUCAAUACCAGAGAAUUUGGAGCCAGGUUCUGUGAUAAUAUUUCCCGAGCAGUACUCGAGCAGAGUCCGCGACGAAGAUAUCGGAAAGGCUGGCGUGUUCGCAUUAAAGUUGCAAAAUAAUAAUGGUACUUUCGAAAUAAGUCCAACUGUCGCUGAAAGAACGGCAGAUUUCAUCAUUACGGUGCGAGACAACACAUUCAUCGAUUACGAGAUGUAUAAAAGUUUAUCUUUUGAGAUUAUUGCUCAAGAAGUCGGUCCGGCGACAAAUUUAUCGGCAUCAGCGGCAGUGGUGAUAUUUAUACAAGAUCUGAACGAUAAUUCGCCAGUGUUCGACGAGGAAUCUUACGAAGUCACACUGUCCGAGAAUGUCACCGCUGGAACUCGAGUUAUUCAAGUGCAUGCGACCGAUAAAGAUACCGGACUCUUUGGCAAUAUUAAGUAUACGGGUAUCACGGGACGGGGCAGCGACGCUUUCGCGAUGGAUCCUGAUACUGGUUUAAUCACAGUCGCGAUGGGGUCAUCUUUGGACCGUGAAAUGGCAGCGCAACUCCAACUGACCGUAAAUGCGCGCGAUGAGAACGGCAUAGGUAACACAGGCACGGUACCUUUGAUAGUGAACUUGCUCGACGUGAAUGACAACGCGCCGGUUUUCGCGAAGGACGUCUACGAAUUCAUGCUAAAUUCUGAUCUGACGAACUUCACGACGCCAGCAUUCAUAAAGGCAACGGACGUCGAUGCCGAGCCACCAAACAACGAGAUUCGUUAUGAAUUAAUUCACGGAAAUUAUGAGAAUAAGUUUUACCUGAAUGAGAUCACUGGAGAGUUGAUGUUACGUUCGCCCAUCACAAAAUUCAGGCGGAAGAAGCAAAGCCUCUACAGCAAUCUUUUAAGGAAACCGCACAAAGGACUCUUUCAACCAGAACAGACGAUACGGGAGAUCGUAACGAGAACGACGACGUCCCCGAGCACGAUAAACGCCACAGGCCACAAUAUUUCAGACGCAAUCGAAUUAAAACACCAAUUUGGCGAGAUAAAAAAGCAUCGGAGAAAACGGGAAAGCGAUAUUUUGUACACUCUAACUGCCAGGGCGUAUGAUCUUGGUGUGCCACAUCUCGCGAGCGAGACACGGAUCUCAAUUAUUCGAGGAAGUGCUAUGGAGGCUCGUAUAAUGAUGUUCGUGGUACCAGGAGAACACCCAAAUCUAACGAGAACCGCCGAGACAUUAGCAGCCAUCACAGGUGGACGAGUGAGCGUAUUGGAUACACGUCCUUACGUGCCGGACAAUCGACCCGGCGUCAACGGCAGUAGCGUACCAGCGGAAGGGAAAAGAACAAUCGUGGUGGCCCGCGUCGAACAGACCGAACCCGGUACAUCGUUGGUCGACGUAGAAAAAAUUCGCAAUACAUUAGCUGCGAAUGGGUUUGGCAUCAUCGGCGAAGCAGGCACCGCUAACGUCUCGAUGACGUACGGCUAUGAAACUACUACGAAACUCCCGAUCGAUGGAAUAAUUCACGUUGGGGGAGACAAUACGGGCACCUACGUAAAUAAAACAAUCAGCAACGUUCAUGAGGAAGUAACUGUGUACAAAGCGGAGAAUAAACUGCUCUUCUGGCUAUUAAUUAUUCUGGGUCUACUGAUGCUGCUGGCAAUCGCGGCGCUUAUUAUUUGCUGCAUUUGCCCGGGCUGCCCAUUUUAUAUGGCACCCAGGAAGCGCAGAGUGUACUCGUCAGAAACGCUCAUCGCCCGAUCAAACGGUCGACCAAAACGACAUCUUCAUCGAAGACCGAUGGCUGCGAUCGAGAUUACGUCGAACGGAAAGAAACAAGCUUGGAGUGCGGAUCCAACCCGACGAAACUGGCAGUUUAAUCGCCGAAAUACGAAGAACGGUGGCUUGGCGUCGCUUCCUGGUGACGUUGUGUACAUUUCGGAGCGCCCUCCGAUCGACCAAGCGAAUGCGGAGUCACUGAGACUACGCGACGGUCCGACCUACGAUCCUUCGAGGAGGAGGAGGAUUGAGGAACAGGAGAGAAUGUACGUGGAAGAUGUCGAGGAGAGGAAAGUUAGAGACUACGAUGCCACGGAAGCGGAUUCCCUGCAACGACACGAAAUCGAACGAGGUUCGGAUAUUCUGCGUCAAGAUUACAGACAAAGAUACGUCGAUCCCGAGUCGAACAAUGAACCAGCUGUGAGAGAACAACACUUCUAUCGUGAGGGCAAUGCGGAGGUGCUUCAGUUAGUAACGCGGGGACAAGUGGAGGACGACCACUUGAGCCAACAUUCUCAUUAUCCGACGACUCUGAUCAUAGAUGGCAAGGAUGUGCUUCUACAGCGGUUUAUGCAGGACCAGAAAGCGAGGCACGAAGUGACGAUGCAGGAACCUGAGUUGGUACGCACCGUUGAAUCUCAUCAACGCCCGAAGAACUUAUAUCAGCAUCAACAAGAAAUCCUUCUACUGCCAGAGGAACUGGAGCUCCGAUCGCAUCGACAUGUAGAUGAAAUGGGACCCGGCAUGCAAAAAAUGGCAAUGGACGAUACAUACGAGACACAGAAAAUGGCAAUGGACGCAGAGUCGCAUAUUCGCGACGUGCAUCGUCAAGAGGUCUCGAUAGGUGUGCCUGGAAUAUCGUCUACAGAUAGGCCAGCCAUCCCGAAAGAGCAUUCCACGCCGGUGCAGUCGUACGCGUUUCAUGAUCUGGAGCUGGCAAGACAAAACGCCCUGUUGACGCGAUUGCUUCUGGAAAGAGAAUCUAGGCAUGCCGGCGGCGCGAUAAUGAUGGACGCCGCGAGUUACCUGGAGACUCAAAGUCUUCCCGGACAGGUCGCCAUCGCGACUCAGACAGAUAGAGCCGCCGCGACACAGACGGAACGGCAGGUUAGAAGCAGAAGUGAUAACGAUGAGUCCGACGAGGAGAGUCGAAGUCGCAAGAAAACAAAGAAGAAACGCUACGGCGAGAGUGAAUCGAAGAGAACACGCACACUGUGGAUGAAGUCACCCAUCGAGGAAGAGGAGAGUGAAUGUUUCGAUAAGCGACUAAAUAUCUUGAGGAAGAAAGUUAAGGAAGUAAAGGAAGGCCGCAGAGUGUCUCUGGAGCCUAAAAUACUGCGUGAAAUUUCGGAUUCCCUCGACGAGAACGGGAGUUCUUACCCGGAGAAGAAAGGAAAAUCGCGAGCUGAAUCGAGAGCUGAAGAAAAACCCUCUGAAGAGAGUAGCAUCGGAUACAAAGUACUGGGCGAGAAGAACGGCUCGUCAUCGUCAACAGAGGUAAGUAAACAACGAUAUGAGACAAUUUUCGGCGAGAAACGAGUCUGGUCGUCGCCGGAGAUAAGUAUCGAUAACGGUCAGUACAUUCGCAAAACGACGGAGAAGAAAAGCUCGAGGAAGGAGAGUAGAGUGAAGAAAGAGAAGAAGGUGGAGUCCGUCAUAAAACCAAGCUUUCGGAUUUUAGAGAGAGAGAUCACAAUGCUGACGAAGAAGUUGAGUAAACUGGCCGAUAAGAAGAUACAGCAGACCACAGGGGACGACAGCACGAGCCAAGAGAAGUCGAAGUCGUCGAAAGACUCAGAUCAAAGUACACUGAAGACGAAAACAGACGAGCGCAAACGUUCUGAGACCUCGCCAAGUAGAAUGAAAGAGGCGGCGGUCUCCACGAAAACGCGGCAAAAAUUCAAAUAUCAACAACCACAGAUCAUGAGUCCUGGCAGUUCCGAAUACGACGACACGUUCGACAAGCCGAAAAAAUCGAAGGCGGGAUUUCGUCAAGAAGUUGCGAAGCACAAGCAGGCAAGCAGCCGCAGUCAUACGAAAGUGAAGAGACAAACGCAGACACAAAUUGAGCGUAAGGAGCACAAAAAGCAAGUCUCACAGCGAGAUCGAGAAGUCGAGAAACGCAAAGAUGUUGCGAGUAAAGAAAGUGCAUUGCCAGAAUCGAAAACUGAGAAACCUGCCGUAAAAUUAUUGUCGCGCGCACAAAAGCUGGCAGCCAUCGGUCGUAGGGAAAACAUCCCGGAGGAACACAGCACGAGCACGAGCUCCGAUCGAGUGGAUAGCAAGAAAGACUCGUUUACCACUCGAGAUUCCGACAAGAAGAGCACGGAGUCUUCAGACGUUCCAUCAAUAUCUCAUCACGUGGAUCAACGAGAACCGAAGCGAAAACUGGGCCGCGUGAGCAAGAGGUUCACUGAUGAUUUUGUGACGGAACGGCAGAUGGGAAGUAUUGAUCAGGAAAAUGCGCUUCAUUCAGCGAUGGGUGCGAGCAUAUACAAAGAAGACAUUGCGAACGAUGCAAGGGACGCUGAAAUAAUGCACCAAUUCUCCGACGAUUUUACAAUAGACACACGGACAAAAGAGGUGGAACAUGAAACGCCACCUGAUACUGAAAGUAAGGUUGAAACCGGACGCGGUGUAUCUCCCGAUUUCAGGAAAGAACACGUUACUCUAAAGAAAGUUGUUGAGGAUGUCGCGGUUCUUCAAGAUUUGGAAUAUGCCCAACUCAAAGACGAAUCGACAUUGGAUGCCGUGAAGAUGCAGCAAACAGAAUUGUUUAAAACUCGUCGCGUAAAACAAAUUGAGGAUAGCGAGGAGACCGUCCCUUUAGAUUCUACUGUUCAACAAACGUUAGAAGAACAUCGGAUAAAGAGAUCGACAUUACAUUGCAGCAAGUGUGCCGACAGAGAGAAAUUAGCUGAUAUGACUGCAAAGCAUGUAGAAGAAAUGCAUGAAACUUUACAUGAAACCGAAACAGGAACAAAAAGAGAAGAAGUUACACCAGAAAAAGAAGUACAUGAAUUACAAGUCUUGAAAGAUGAUGAAAAAAGCGCGAAGAAGGAAGUGGAUGCAAAAGAGAAACAUGUAGAAAGCCCGAAAAUGUUAAGCGACUCUAAAAAAUACACAGAACAAGUAGAAGAAGAAGAACAAAUUAAACCAAAUGGAUUCUAUAGUGAUGCUAAUAUAUUACUAUCAAAAAUAGACGAAGAUUCAAAAGAUAUUAAAGAAAUUACAGGUUUAUCGCAUUCAAACGGAGAAGAUAAAACUGCAGAAACACAUGUGGAAGAAAGAAAUCUGAGAGGAAAGUCCAGACGUGAGUCGAAACAACAUAGUGAAGAGGAGGCGCCUUCAGCAGAGAGCACUGUGGAUACUGUACGAAAAAUAGCGGAGGAAUUAGUGCCAAGAGAAAUUGAAGAUAUGUCGUUACAUGGAAUUAAAAGCGACAUGGAGAAGGAGACGAAGAUUAUAACGACAGAUAGCUAUGACCAUCAAGAUGCUGCCAAGAAAUUAGAUGAGAUUUUAGAAAAACCCGUAACUUCGGAAUCCGAGUUGGAGAAAGCACAGGAGGAUGAAAAGUUAACGAUACAGAUGUUCGAGGAAGUGUCUGGUAUUAGUCAGCCAUCUAAAAGUGAGCCUGCGCAUAUAAUCGAUAUUCAUCCUGCGUCUGUAAUCGAGGAAAGCGAUAAAACGUUGACAGACGUUCAUGAAGCUAGUCAAGAAAUAUCGGAAGAAAGUUCAAUCCAGACCGAGCCUGGUAAAAUAACGGAUGUUGCGAUAGAAGACACCGAUACAAACAAGGUAAAGCAUGUGCCCAUUACAGAGACAAAAAUUGGAAGUUAUGAAGAAAUAUCUCACAUAUCUUCUCAAGAGCCACCUAACCUUCAAGAAACGAAAUUAGAUGAAACUGAUAAGACCGAGCUUUCGACAUCUGCGACGGAAGUUACCACUUCCAGGCAAGAAGUUGCGGACACAGAACAAUCACAAGCUGAACAUUCAGAGGACGUGAAAGAAGAAUCACUUCGCGAAGAACAGAAAGAGGAAGAGGAAGAAUCACUCAAAAUAAAAGAAAGAUUCGAUGAAAAAAUGGAAGAAGCACUCGAUAAAGACUUUCCUGAUGAGUUGAGAGAACAUUCGAAAGAUUUGAAUGUAGAGAAAUCAGCUGUCGGUCAGGUAGACACAGUGGACAAAGCUGAGAUAGUCGCUGAGAACGUGGACACCGCAGGUCCACAAGACCAAGACCAGGCAGAGCAGCGAGUAGACGUAAGCGAUCCAAUUUUUAGCAGCAUUAUUGAUACACUUGAGAUAUCGGAGGAGAGCGACUCAUCCAGUGAUGUUUCCAGGAAAACAACGCUGACCACAAGACCUUAUGAUACUCCACGCCAUAGGCAAAAAUGGCAGCAACAAGAAAGCCUUGAAAUAGCGAUAAUGCCGGGUAUCGUCGGUGACGAAAAAAUGGCAGCGGAAAUCGAAGCAGAAGAGGACACAGACAGUAAUAUAUCACUCGAGGAAAUCGAGAGUGUAGAAGAUUCAACCACGAUCGAAGAACCAAUCGAUGACAGAGCGAAAGAUGCAGAAAUUGCCACUGAAAGGUUUCUUCUGGCUGAAAAGAUGUUCUCCGGUGAGGAGGAAAUAAUGUCCGUUUCUGGCGCGGAAAAGAUAAUCGUUGAGGAUGGACAAGACAGAGAUCUCCACUCAAAAUUCGAGGAAGUCGUAGAAAUGAAAACAGGCAUAAAAGGAGAUAUUAAAGAGGCAUUGACAACGAUUCAAACUGAAGUUACCUCGAUUGUAGAUAUUACGGGACUAAAAGACGCCUCGAGACAAAAAGUCGAGGAUGAAAGUAUGUCGGUGACAAAAGAGCAUGUGGAAAGUACGGGUAAGACACCUGAUAGGAAAGUCGAGGAAGUUUCCGAGAAGCCGGACGACAAAAGCAAAAUUAGGUCGCUUUCAAGGCAAGUCGCACAAGUGGAUUCGAGAGAAGACGGAGCAAGUGUCGAAGAUGCCAAAGGACAUAAAACAGAAGUUAAAGAUGUUGAAGAAGACAAAACAAGAAGCAAGGACAGCAAAAGCGACAUACCAUCGAUCUCGGAGAGGCAUGCUGCGAAAAAAGGAACUUUCCAAAGUCCCAUUAAAAGGAAAACGAAACCCGAGCGAUCGAAGGUUGCUUCACCCUUAGUGAAGAAGCGCAUCCUCGACGAAGAAUCGGAGACAAGAGCGACAUCGAUUCAGUCGCGUCGUCGAUCCCGCAGGGAUAUCGACGGCGAUUCGGAGAAGCAAAAGAAGAAAGACGUCGGACCGCAGAAACAAUCACGAAAAGAAGAGGAGCCCCAGCGGAAACAGGUGUUGCCGAGAACGAAGUCGAAAACGGACAAGAAACCCGCGAUUCCUGUGAAAACUGGCGAGAUCGACAUGAGCAAAACCCGGUCCAAGUAUAUGGCUUGGUACAACAAAAAACGCGAGGAAGCGGAGAAGAAGAAGCUAGAGAAGAAGGCUGCGGAGGACGAAGAAUUGCCUCGUUGGGUGAGCAGAAGCUUGAGACAUCAGACGACGAAAUCGAAAGGCAGACUUGACGUGGAGCACAAAACUCCGGAGAUGACGCCGCGCACGAGACGCAAGAUCAAGCCUCUGGUGAACGUCGAGUCCGAACAGUUGAAGGCUAUCGUGCGUCAAGGUCGGCAGUUGAGGAGAGCCGAGGGCAAUCUCAAGGAGGACCCGCCGAUCCAGAUAUUCACCAGAACACCGCCGGUCUCCACGUCGGACACGCAGCCGCAUCGUCUGCUGCAACACUCGGAGUACAAAUACGAGAAGGUACCUCCGCCGUUUUACUUGCAUCCACCUCCGGCGCCGCAUCCGUCGCCACAGCUGUCGCCGGAGAGAUCGUUCGAGGUACAACCGUCCACGUCGCAGUGCGAGCAAUCCCAGGGCGAGCUACGGACAGACGAGAUCGUACAGCUCCAAAGCGGCGGUCGCCUGCGACAUCAGCAGCUCCUCGAGAAGAAAAGUGUCUUCGAUAUCGCGUACAGCGAAGCUGCGCCGUCGCAACUUCGAUCCGACAGCGCGACUCCGCCGUCGUAACUGCUUAAAGAAAUCGAUGCUGUAGACUCUCUUCUGUAGUAUAAUACAAUAUAUAGUAUAAUUAUUUAUUUUGCAAAUGUUAUAUAUACAGAGUUAUAUAUACUUCUAGAGUUAUAUAUCUUCGAUCAUGAAAUAACAAUUUUAUAUGUUGUAUAUCCAUAUAAUUUUAUAUAUCGCGUAUCUAUACAGGCUGCUCCUGACAGUUCAUGAUACACCCGUUGUCUGCAGGUAGGUCUCAUCAAACUGACUCACAAAAUUCUUCUACCAUUUCGCAAACCACGUACAAUUUUGAGUUAUUAAUUAAAGAAGAUUGAAUGAAGUGAAUGAGCUGUGAUGGCGACAUCCGUCGCCGUGUAUAUUAGGCCAAACAAAACAAAAAUAUCCUCUACUAUUUUGCAAAUUACCAUGUAGAUUUUUAUUUAUUAAUUAAAAAAGGUUAGUGCAUUAGCGCGCACAAUCGUGCACCAAUCUUCUUUAAUUAACGAUCCAAAAAUUUACGUAGUUGCUUGUAAAAUAGUAGAGGAAUUUUGCAAACAAAUAAAUGUGUCAAUGAUUGUCAGACAUCCUGUAUACGAUUAAAAUAAUAUCAAGUUAUAUGUCUUGUACAUAUAUUUCGUCUUCUUACUGACAAUUUCAUCUAGUGCUAAUUUUUUAACUACUCCUGCUCGAUUCGAAUGCAUUUAACGAACGAUACUUGCCUAUUGGGUUUAGUGAGGAGAACAACCAUCGUCAUCUUUUCUACUUUCAAUGUGUAGGAUAUAUAAAAUUCUCUCCUAAGUCAAGUAAGAAAUGUAUAGAACUGUUUGUAGUAUAGAUAUAUGUUACUUUUACGUUACUGCCAGCGAAAUAGACUUACCUUUGAAUAAGCGCAGCAAAUGGGCGACCAAUUUUAUAUCGUGGUUAUUAUUCCGAUAUAAUGAUGUUUAUAUAUCAGCUCUCUUGUAAAUAUAU